AUGUUACUAAAUGAAAACAUGUUUGAACGGACAUUUCGCAUGUCUGCGGAAAGUUUUAGUCAUUUACUGUGGAAAGUUACACCAGCCCUCACUGUAUCCGAGCAGCAAUCCAGUAAUUCGAGUGGCGAAGCACCCGUUUCGCCUUCGAUAAUGCUGAUGACGGCGUUGCGAUACCUGGCUGAGGGAUCAUACCUUAAUAUACGUCGUACGGUUGGCAUCAGUGCGCCCUCGUACUAUCGUGUGAUCGAUCUGACAAUGGGUGCGAUUCUUGCUUUUAAGGAGCUUCAGAUAACUUUCCCCAAUUCGGACUCAGAGAAAGGGGUGGUGAUGGAGGCGUUUAAGAACAUUAGCAGUGGUGGUGUAAUCAGUGGUUGCAUUGGCUGUGUUGAUGGCUGGCUUUGUCGUAUAAAGACACCAACCCUUGCUGAUGCUGGCGAAAUCGGUGUGGCUCGCUACUAUAGUGGUCAUUACGCUUGCCCUGGUAUUAAUGUACAAGCCGUUUGUGAUGCACACUGUCGGUUUAUUGCAUUCGAGGCUAGUUUUCCAGGUAGCAUUAAUGAUGCCCAUGCAUUUCGUGACACUGCAUUUACUCACGCCGUUUUCUCGCACCCUGAUAAUGGAUGA